AUUUUCUUUCUCCAGUUUGCCACUACCGCUUCCGUUCCACCUCCACCGUCGCUUUGUCCCUGUGUGUCACGGAGAAGAACUCAGUUACGCGCCACAGGGUUGAGAAGACGGACGCGUUCUAUCCACGCACAAUCGUGUUCCUCUUCGAUUCCGUAUUCUUAGAAAAAAGACACAAGACUUGAUCUACAAACAAAUAGUGACAGUUUAAAAAUUAGCGCGCUUCGUCGUUGAUCGAGUUUAGCUCUAAAUCGUUCGCGAAAUUUCAACGUGUUCCCUUCGGAUCCACGAACAAUGAUUAAAUUUACACAAAAUAUCUUCGAUCGUGAUGGAUCUAUAAGAGCUAAAAUUUGAGUGAAGGCUAUAAUGAUGUUCGGGAAGUGAUAUGUUAAGCCUCUAUAAAUAAAGACAGGCGUAAAUGCUUAGAAUAGAGUAUCAGCGUAUAUGAUGAUAUUAAAACACGAUUGCCUCCACUAUUACUUUAUGAUGACUUUUAUCACUUCCUAGAUUCUCUUAAACGCGCACCUCAAAUGCUUUUCUAGUAUCAGAGCAUCCAUUUUACAAGUCAAUAUUUUAAAACGAUUACAAAUAAGACUUUCUAUAAGAAAGUUUCUUAAAACUGUAACACUUUGUAUCGGACUUUCUUGGAGAAUUUUAAAACGACACGCGAAGAAAAGUUUUCGAUCGAAACUUUGAUAGUUUUCCAAGCGUCGUGUGUUGCCUGAUAAUUCCUCCAUCAGCUGUAUCGAAUUCACCCUCAACGCAUCCAUAACUUCAAAAUUGUGUCUAAAAAUAAACCACGACAGGAACAAUAUUACUUUGUUUAUCAAUGUUCAAGUGGGAAACUUUGUGAAAUUAAAACCUUAAUCUGUCUCUUUCUUUAGAGAUGCUGAACAGCUUGUUAAUCACGCCAUUGUAAGGCGGGGAAUAAAGAGCCACGUUUACUUUGUGAAGAAAUAAAAAAGUUUCAUUGAUUCGAAAUCCUAUGAAUUUUAAUGAAAUCCUGAUGAACUGAAGAUAAAAAAAGAAACGCUUUUGGAACUCGUCGCAUUCUUCCAUAAACAUAGUAUUCCUAAAAAACAAAAAUAGAAUUAUUAUUUAAUGAUCAUGCUUUGGAAAAUGAUGGAUCAUAAUAAGCUGUACAGGUGUGCGAUCGAAGAGUGGUUGGACUCGAAGCGUCGACACAACGAACGUGACCCGAGGUUCUCGGUUACUGUGAUUUUCAAUGGACAAUUACUUACCGCUUAAAUAAGCUAGAACCUUCGGAGACUCUGUAGAUUGUUUGGGAACACGGCUCAACCAUAACUCAGAAGAUUAACGAGAAUUUGGUGCCGGUUGUUUGCAUGGACUACUUGAUCACGACUGCCCACUUGUUGGUCCACUCUGAAUGAAAAUUAUGGGCGAUAGUUUGUGCCCAGAUGUGGAUUAGCUAUUCCGAACUCUCGAGAAGAUCUACGUUGUGUUUCCAGUGGAUCAAUUAACCAUUCAACGAUGGUGGCUGGAUCAAUUGGGAUCCAACAGUGUACCGACUAAAAUUGGACGCUCAAGUUUCUUCCAAAGGGAAGACUUUCAUACAUUGAAGAAAUAAAGAUUCUCGUUAAAUCCUUUGGUGGGAUAAAAAUAAUCAUCUGUGGACAAAGUUAAUUACACUUAGUAUUUAGCAGAGAAGAGACAAGGUUGGUCGCGUGUGAGGCGAAGCAAGUAUCAUUAGCUGUCGCGCUACGUCCAUACAAAUCAGCAACGAUGCUUCCUUCUUCCGGUCUUUUUCAUUCCACGUGCUGCGGGUGUCUUUCUGGUAAAACGAAAUCGAUCGAUUACCAUAAAGCGUGACACGAAAAUCCUUGGUCGUUGCCCCUUUUCAACAGUAAGAUACCUAAUCCUCCAACAUAAUCGUUCGACCUUGAAGCAUUCCUGUUGGAGAAAUGCAAAGAUAUCAGAAGGGUGUUGAACCUUGGAUCCAUAAAUUCAAUCCAUCUUGUUGAUUCACUUGUCAGGCAGAAUUUGAAGAAGAAGAUAUUAACUUUGAUCCACCAUAAAGAACCAAAAACAUUCCAGGAGGAUCUAUUUAAGGAAGUGGCAUCAAGCUCGCGUGACUGUUCGUCUAGUUGGAUAUCAUGGAAAUUCUCUGUGCAGAAAUUAAGAGGAUCCAUUAAAAAGAUCAGGAGGAAAGCUCGUGUCACGCGACUGGCGUUUUCCAUUUGUCACCGAUCUUCCAAUAACCGUAGAGAAUAAAUGAACGGCGCCGUUAGAGACUAAUGAGAAUCAAUUGAUACCUGAUAAUGUUCCACUUUGGAGAUGACUCUCGAUACCAGAAGAUGCUUCUCAAUUUCUCCAAACAUCCCAGUGCUUCUAAUAUCAAUCUUACGUAGAUACGUUAAGGUAUAGAGUAUCAGCGUUAAUCGUGAUGGAAUUUCCAUUAAAUGACAGCGAAUUAGCUGAUAAUUUAACCGUGACCGCGGUGAACCCGUCUACCAAUUCGGAACUUAAUCUACCGUAUACGGUUUGUGAAAUUCUGGUGGCGGUAUGCGCGGUGUUUGGCAACGGACUUGUGAUCAUUGUUUUCAGCAAAGAAAGGAAACUUCGUCGAAGAACUAAUUAUUAUAUCAUUUCUUUAGCUACGGCUGAUCUACUCGUUGGAUUGUUCGCUAUACCGUUUGCUAUUUUGGCUAGCAUCGGUUUACCAACGAAUUUUCACGCUUGUUUAUUCACGGUAUCCGUGCUGGUCGUUCUAUGCACCAUCAGCAUCUUCUGUCUCGUCGCGGUGUCCGUCGAUCGUUACUGGGCGAUACUUCAUCCCAUGGGAUAUUCCCGUACCGUACGCACUAAAACUGCCAUAGGUAUAAUCUGCGUGUGCUGGAUCGCCGGCACUCUGGUCGGUUUUCUGCCACUUUUUGGCUGGAACGCGGGCGAGAGGUCAAACCAGAAAUGUAUCUUCACCGAAGUGAUGGAUUACGAUUACUUGGUGUUCCUCUACUUCGCUACGAUCAUCUUUCCCGCGCUAUUAAUUGCAGCCUUCUACGCCCAUAUAUACCGAGUGGUCGUAAAGCAGCUGCAACAAAUUGUAACGAUGAAUCCUGGUCGAAGGACCGGAAACCAGACAACAGGAACGAUGUUGCGUCUACUCGGAGCAGCUAGGAAGCGGGAAGUAAAAGCGACGCAGAAUCUAUCUCGCAUUGUAAUUUUCUUCAUCAUCUGCUGGUUCCCUCUGUACACCAUUAAUUGCAUCAUGGCGUUCUGUCCACGGUGCAAGGUGAACGAUAUCCUGAUGAACUUUUGCAUCAUCCUGUCGCACCUUAACUCGGCUGGUAAUCCGCUACUUUACGCCUACCAUCUGAAAGAUUUUCGUGCAGCGUUGAAGAACUUCAUGUGGAGGCUGCUUUUCCCGCAUAGCGACGUGAAAUCCAGCGUUAUCAGCGUGAUACAGGAUCGUGGGUCUUUGGUCGGUUCUCAGAGGCAACAUCAAAGGCAAAUGGGAGGUCCACCUGCAGCCAGAGGGCAAAGGUCAAGUUUACUGCGUCAGGUGACUGACGUCAAAUUGAAAGGAUCAUCAUCGACUCCUCGCAACGUUUCCAUUCGGGAGAAAGAACUUAGUAGCACUAACGGAUCUAGUUCUUCGCAAAGUGACAAACAGGAGGUGGAUGUUUCUGUAAAUGAUAAUAGAGAUCAGAAUGGUGGCGAGUUUCACCGAAACGAAAGCGAUAGUUUUAGGAAUAAUAGAAUUGAUUCGAAAACUUCAUCUCACAUUUCGUCUAUAGAAUUACAGACUUACAAACCUUUGAUGCCGCUACUUCCAGCGGAAAUCGAUCACGUUGAAGAAACACCGCCAGCCUCCAUUUUCGUAAUCGAGGUGGAUGUAAAUCACAUCGAUUCUGUUCAUGAAAACAUGGACGAAGAAGUGAUGGAGAACAAGGACAAAGGUUGAUGAUCUCUUACCGAUUUAUCGAAUACGAUCUAAUCUAAAAAUCGAUGAUCCUUGUUAUCGAUAAUAACAAUUUACGAAUUGUGAUUAAGUAUAAUUAGAGAAUAUCGUAAUUGGCGAAGCUCUGAAACGUCGAAAGUUUUCUAAAAUUGAAUGCGACGUAUUUUUGAUGUUAGUAUAGUAAUUUGAUGUACGAUACAUACCUGCUAUAAAUCCUGGUGUUAAUACUCGAUACAGAAUCACCAACAAAUAAACGUCAUGAAUUGAAUUGAAUAAAA